AUGGUUCUUGAGAGAGGAUGUGAAACUCUGCAGAUGUCACUGAUCCAUUACAUCCUCUUCUGCCUUGCUCCUUCACGCGAGGCGCUUAGCAGAGGAGUGCUUGCGUCGGGGGCUGGGGAAGUCUGGCUUGCUGGACUUGUCUUCCUACGGGCAAGCAAGCCCCAGUCGCCCACGAGGCAGUCUCCUGUCCUGGUGAGCAGCAGCUCCAGAGAGAAUGGGGUUCCCGUGGAGCAGGACGAGCAGGACCUGUUUGCGGAUGCCACAGUAGAGCUGUCUCUGGACAGUUCACAAAACAAUCAGAAGGAGCCAGCCAAAGUGUCCAGCCCUGUCCCUCUGGAAGUAGCAGCGAGCAUCUCUUCCAGGCACCAACCAAAGAGCUACGAGGAGCUGGAGGAAGAGGAACAGGAGGACAAGUUCGAUCUGACUGUGGGAGUGAGUGACCCAGAAAAAAUUGGGGAUGGCAUGAACGCCUAUGUCGCCUACACGGUCUCCACCCAGACCAGCCUGCCCAUGUUCAGGAGCAAGAAGUUCUCGGCGAAAAGGCGCUUCAGUGACUUCCUGGGGCUGUACGAGAAGCUGUCGGAGAAGCACACGCAGAAUGGCUUCAUUGUCCCGCCGCCCCCGGAGAAGAGCUUAAUAGGAAUGACCAAAGUGAAAGUUGGGAAAGAAGAUUCCUCCUCUGCAGAGUUCUUGGAGAAGAGACGGGCUGCUCUAGAAAGGUACCUGCAGAGGAUCGUCAGCCAUCCAGCCAUGCUGCAGGACCCUGAUGUGCGGGAAUUCCUGGAGAAGGAAGAGCUGCCCCGCGCGGUUGGUACCCAGACUUGGCCAAGUCCCAAGCAGGUCGUUCUGCCCCGAGAACGUGCGCGCUCGCCUCAGUUGCGGCUCUGUCCCUUGCAGUGGUUUGAGGAGAAACUUCAGGAGGUGGAGUGUGAGGAGCAGCGCCUCCGGAAGCUCCAUGCGGCGGUAGAAAUGCUCGUCAGCCACAGGAAAGAGUUAGUACUGAACACCGCCCAGUUCUCCAAGAGCCUGGCCAUGCUCGGGAGUUCGGAGGACAACACGGCCCUGUCGCGGGCCCUCUCCCAGCUGGCCGAGGUGGAGGAGAAGAUAGAACAGCUGCACCAGGAACAGGCCAACAACGACUUCUUCCUCCUGGCCGAGCUCCUGAGCGACUAUGUCCGCCUGCUCGCGGUCGUGAGGGGCGCCUUUGACCAGCGCAUGAAGACCUGGCAGCGUUGGCAGGAUGCCCAGACCAUGCUGCAGAAGAAACGGGAGACUGAGGCCAGGCUGCUGUGGGCCAACAAACCUGAGAAGCUGCAGCAGGCCAAAGAGGAGAUCUCGGAGUGGGAGUCCCGCACGACGCAGUAUGAGCGGGAUUUCGAGCGGGUUUCUGCCGUGGUCCGCAAGGAGGUGAUCCGGUUUGAGAAGGAGAAAUCCAGGGACUUCCGGAACAAUGUGACGAAAUACCUUGAGACGCUCUUAAACUCACAACAGCAGCUGGUGAAGUACUGGGAGGCGUUCCUACCUGAAGCGAAGGCCAUCUCCUAACCAGACCAAGCGAACCAGGACACACCCGACAUACUCUGCCUUUUUAUACACUGUACCUCUUCGCCUUUCACAGACGGACCUGAACUGGAUGCCUCCCGCAGAGCUGUUAGAGAACCCGCAGCUGAGAAGUGAACCCUGACAGUAAUUCUUCUAACUAUUUUUGAUUUAGCUUCAUAUCUAUUUUCUUAAUGGAGAGACUAGUUUCCUGCUUUCAGCCAAGACCUGCCAUUGGGUGCAUUUGGGAGGGGUUCAUAACGUGUAUAUAAAUAAAAUGUAUAUUUUUCAGGCUGGGCUCUAGGACCUGGGAAUGGUUUUCUGUUACUCCUGCAGUGCCAUGAAAAUUAUGUAAUAAAAUAUUUAAAAAUCAGG